UGGAUUUUGAGGUUGAUAGUGAUGCCAAUGGUGAAGUGGUGGGUAAUUCUGUUGAUGUGGAAUACAGAGCUGGUGAUGAAAAUGGAAUGGGUGGAAAUUCUGUAGAAGAGUUAUUUCAACAAAAUCAGGAUGAUAAGGUGACUCAAGUUCUUUCUGGGAAGGAAAUGAUUCCAGUUGAUGAGCCCCAAGCUCCAGUAGACGAGCCCUAUCUGAACCAGGAGUUCGAACCCGAAGCAGAAGCUUAUGCAUUUUAUAAUGCUUAUGCAACAAGAGUGGGUUUUGUCAUCCGUGUGAGCAAGCUCUCUCGAUCAAGGCAUGAUGGAUCUGCCAUAGGUAGGGCACUUGUCUGUAAUAAAGAGAGAUUUCGCAUGCCAGACAAGCGUGAAAAAAUUGUACGACAAAGGACUGAAACAAGGGUUGGUUGCAGAGCAAUGAUUUUAGUUAGGAAAGUAAGCUCUGGGAAAUGGGUUGUUACGAAGUUUGUAAAGGAGCACACUCAUCCUUUCACUCCUGGAAAAGGUUGAAGGGACUUGGUCUAUGAUCAAUGUCCGAAUGAACGCAAUAAAAUUCGGGAACUGUCCCAACAGCUGGCCAUUGAGAAAAAGCGAGCUGCAACAUAUAAAAGGCACUUGGAGAUGGUCUUUGAGCACAUUGAAGAGCACAAUCAGAGUCUCUCAAAGAAGAUCCAAGGCAUAGUAGACAGUGUAAGGGAGAUGGAGUCCAAAGAACAAUAAGUCAUUGA